AUAACCAGCCCGAAGACCUUUGGGUGUCUUACUUGGGAUACGUGUACGACCUAACGCCAUUGGCUCAGGAGUACAAGGGGAACCUGCUGCUGAAACCCAUUGUGGAAGUUGCAGGCCAGGACAUCAGCCACUGGUUUGAUCCAAACACCGGAGACAUAAGGAUGACAUUCGGCUGCUGCCUUCAGCAUUGGGUGUGAAGAAGAGAAAGCGAGGACCCAAGAAACAGAAGGAAAACAAGCCAGGCAAACCCCGCAAACGCAAGAAACUUGACAGUGAGGAAGAAUUUGGCUCAGAGCGAGAUGAGUACCGGGAGAAGUCAGAGAGUGGGGGUAGUGAAUAUGGAACUGGACCAGGUCGGAAAAGAAGACGGAAGCACCGAGAAAAAAAGGAAAAGAAGACAAAGCGGAGGAAAAAGGGGGAGGGUGAUGGGGGCCAAAAGCAGGUGGAACAGAAGUCAUCAGCAACUCUACUUCUGACCUGGGGCCUGGAGGAUGUGGAGCAUGUGUUCUCUGAGGAGGAUUACCACACACUCACCAACUACAAAGCCUUCAGCCAGUUCAUGAGGCCCCUAAUUGCUAAGAAGAAUCCUAAGAUCCCAAUGUCUAAGAUGAUGACCAUCCUUGGGGCCAAGUGGAGAGAGUUCAGCGCCAACAACCCCUUUAAGGGGUCAGCAGCUGCUGUGGCUGCGGCAGCAGCAGCAGCAGCAGCAGCUGUGGCUGAGCAGGUGUCAGCUGCUGUCUCCUCAGCCACCCCCAUAGCACCUUCUGGACCCCCUGCCCUUCCACCACCCCCUGCUGCUGAUAUCCAGCCCCCACCCAUCCGAAGAGCCAAAACCAAAGAGGGCAAAGGUCCAGGCCAUAAGAGGCGGAGUAAGAGCCCCCGAGUGCCUGAUGGACGUAAGAAGCUUCGGGGAAAGAAGAUGGCACCACUUAAAAUCAAACUAGGGCUUCUUGGUGGCAAGAGGAAAAAGGGAGGCUCGUAUGUUUUUCAGAGUGAUGAGGGCCCUGAACCAGAGGCUGAGGAGUCAGACCUGGACAGUGGCAGUAUCCACAGUGCUUCAGGCCGGCCUGAUGGCCCUGUCCGCACCAAGAAACUAAAGAGAGGCCGGCCAGGAAGGAAAAAGAAGAAGGUCCUGGGCUGUCCUGCAGUGGCCGGGGAGGAGGAGGUUGAUGGCUACGAGACGGAUCACCAGGAUUACUGUGAGGUGUGCCAGCAGGGUGGGGAAAUUAUUCUGUGCGACACCUGCCCUCGUGCCUACCACCUCGUCUGCCUUGAUCCUGAGCUUGACCGGGCUCCUGAGGGCAAAUGGAGUUGCCCCCACUGUGAGAAGGAGGGGGUACAGUGGGAGGCCAAGGAGGAAGAUGAAGAAUAUGAAGAGGAGGGAGAGGAGGAAGGGGAGAAGGAGGAAGAGGAUGAUCACAUGGAGUACUGCCGUGUGUGCAAGGAUGGUGGGGAGCUCCUGUGCUGUGACGCUUGCAUAUCCUCCUACCACAUCCACUGCCUGAACCCUCCCCUGCCUGACAUCCCCAAUGGUGAAUGGCUGUGUCCCCGAUGCACAUGUCCAGUGCUGAAGGGUCGUGUGCAGAAGAUCCUGCAUUGGCGAUGGGGGGAGCCACCUGUGGCAGUGCCAGCCCCUCAACAGGCAGAUGGGAAUCCAGAUGUACCACCCCCCCGCCCUCUUCAAGGCAGAUCUGAGCGAGAAUUUUUUGUCAAGUGGGUAGGACUAUCCUACUGGCACUGUUCCUGGGCCAAGGAGCUUCAGCUGGAAAUCUUCCACUUGGUAAUGUACCGAAACUACCAACGGAAGAACGACAUGGAUGAGCCUCCGCCCCUGGAUUAUGGCUCUGGUGAGGAUGAUGGGAAGAGUGACAAGCGCAAGGUGAAAGAUCCACACUAUGCAGAGAUGGAGGAGAAGUACUAUCGUUUCGGCAUCAAGCCAGAGUGGAUGACUGUCCAUCGAAUCAUCAACCACAGUGUGGAUAAAAAAGGGAAUUACCACUAUCUUGUGAAAUGGAGGGACUUGCCCUAUGACCAGUCCACAUGGGAAGAAGACGAAAUGAACAUUCCUGAAUAUGAAGACCAUAAGCAAAGUUACUGGAGACAUCGAGAACUUAUUAUGGGGGAGGACCCUGCCCAACCCCGCAAGUAUAAGAAGAAGAAGAAGGAACUGCAGGGUGACGGGCCUCCCAAUUCUCCUACUAAUGAUCCUACAGUGAAAUAUGAGACUCAGCCACGGUUUAUCACAGCUACUGGAGGAACACUGCACAUGUACCAGCUGGAAGGGCUGAAUUGGCUACGUUUUUCAUGGGCCCAGGGCACCGACACAAUUCUGGCUGAUGAGAUGGGGCUGGGAAAGACCAUUCAAACCAUCGUCUUCCUCUACUCACUCUAUAAGGAGGGCCACACAAAAGGUCCCUUCCUGGUCAGUGCCCCACUUUCUACCAUCAUUAACUGGGAGCGGGAGUUCCAGAUGUGGGCACCCAAGUUCUACGUGGUGACAUACACGGGUGACAAGGACAGCCGGGCUAUCAUUCGUGAGAAUGAGUUCUCUUUUGAGGACAAUGCCAUCAAAGGCGGCAAGAAAGCUUUUAAGAUGAAGAGGGAGGCACAGGUGAAAUUCCACGUUCUCCUGACAUCAUAUGAGCUGAUCACCAUUGAUCAGGCAGCUCUUGGCUCCAUCCGCUGGGCCUGUCUUGUGGUGGAUGAAGCCCAUCGACUCAAGAACAACCAGUCCAAGUUUUUCAGGGUCCUCAAUGGCUAUAAGAUAGAUCACAAGUUGCUACUGACAGGAACCCCACUGCAGAAUAAUCUGGAGGAACUCUUUCAUCUGCUAAACUUCCUCACCCCAGAGAGGUUUAACAACUUGGAAGGCUUCCUGGAGGAGUUCGCUGACAUAUCCAAAGAGGACCAGAUUAAGAAACUGCAUGAUUUGCUGGGACCUCACAUGUUGCGGAGGCUCAAAGCAGAUGUCUUUAAGAACAUGCCAGCCAAGACAGAACUCAUCGUUCGAGUGGAGCUGAGCCCCAUGCAGAAGAAAUACUACAAAUACAUCCUGACUCGAAAUUUUGAGGCCUUGAAUUCACGAGGCGGUGGGAACCAAGUGUCACUGCUUAACAUCAUGAUGGAUCUUAAGAAGUGCUGCAAUCACCCAUACCUCUUUCCUGUGGCUGCUAUGGAGUCCCCAAAACUUCCCAGUGGGGCUUAUGAGGGUGGAGCACUUAUUAAAUCAUCAGGGAAGCUCAUGUUACUGCAGAAGAUGCUGCGGAAGCUGAAAGAACAAGGACACAGAGUGCUCAUCUUCUCGCAGAUGACCAAAAUGUUAGACUUGCUAGAAGACUUCUUAGACUACGAAGGCUACAAAUAUGAGCGCAUUGAUGGUGGUAUCACUGGUGCCCUGAGGCAGGAAGCCAUUGAUCGAUUCAAUGCUCCUGGGGCCCAACAGUUCUGCUUCCUCCUGUCUACCCGAGCUGGGGGCCUAGGCAUCAAUCUGGCGACUGCUGACACUGUUAUCAUCUUUGAUUCUGACUGGAACCCCCACAAUGACAUCCAGGCUUUCAGCCGGGCUCACCGGAUCGGCCAGGCCAACAAAGUGAUGAUUUACCGGUUUGUGACUCGCGCAUCCGUGGAAGAGCGAAUCACACAGGUAGCCAAGAGAAAGAUGAUGCUGACACACCUGGUGGUGCGGCCCGGGCUGGGCUCCAAGGCAGGGUCUAUGUCCAAGCAGGAGCUUGAUGACAUCCUCAAAUUUGGCACUGAGGAGCUAUUCAAAGAUGAAAAUGAAGGGGAGAACAAAGAGGAGGACAGCAGUGUGAUCCACUAUGACAAUGAGGCCAUUGCUCGGCUGUUGGACAGGAACCAGGAUGCAACUGAGGAUACUGAUGUACAGAACAUGAAUGAGUAUCUCAGUUCCUUCAAGGUGGCACAGUAUGUUGUUCGGGAAGAAGACAAGAUUGAGGAGAUCGAGCGAGAGAUCAUCAAACAGGAGGAGAAUGUAGACCCUGACUACUGGGAAAAGCUGCUGAGGCAUCACUAUGAGCAGCAGCAGGAAGACCUCGCCCGGAACCUAGGCAAGGGCAAAAGGGUUCGCAAGCAAGUCAACUACAACGAUGCUGCUCAGGAGGACCAAGAUAACCAAUCAGAAUACUCAGUAGGGUCAGAGGAGGAAGAUGAAGACUUUGAUGAGCGUCCUGAAGGACGUCGACAGUCAAAAAGGCAGCUCCGAAAUGAGAAGGACAAGCCCCUGCCUCCACUGCUGGCUCGAGUUGGGGGCAACAUUGAGGUGUUGGGAUUCAACACCCGUCAGCGGAAGGCUUUCCUCAAUGCUGUGAUGCGCUGGGGAAUGCCGCCACAGGAUGCCUUCACCACACAGUGGCUGGUACGAGACCUGAGGGGCAAGACUGAGAAGGAGUUCAAGGCCUAUGUGUCUUUGUUCAUGCGCCAUUUGUGUGAGCCUGGUGCAGAUGGCUCUGAAACCUUUGCUGAUGGAGUCCCUCGGGAGGGACUGAGUCGCCAGCAGGUGUUGACCCGCAUUGGAGUCAUGUCUCUUGUCAAGAAGAAGGUACAGGAAUUUGAGCACAUCAAUGGGCGCUGGUCAAUGCCGGAGCUGAUGCCUGAUCCCAGCGCUGACUCCAAGCGCUCUUCUAGAGCUUCCUCUCCUACCAAAACAUCUCCCACCACUCCUGAGGCUUCUGCUACCAAUAGUCCUUGCACCUCUAAACCUGCUACUCCUGCUCCAAGUGAGAAAGGAGAUGGCAUAAGGACACCUCUUGAUAAGGAAGAAGCUGGCAACCAGGAGGAGAAGCCAGAGAAGAAUAGCAAAAUUGGGGAGAAGAUGGAGACAGAGACUGAUGCCCCAAGCCCAGCCCCAUCACUUGGGGAGCGACUGGAGCCAAGGAAGAUUCCCCUAGAGGAUGAAGUGCCAGUGCCUGGAGAGAUGGAGCCUGAACCUGGGUACCGAGGGGACAGAGAUAAGUCAGCCACAGAGUCGACGCCAGGAGAAAGGGGGGAGGAGAAGCCGUUGGAUGGACAGGAACACAGGGAGAGGCCGGAGGGGGAAACAGGGGAUUUGGGCAAGAGAGAAGAUAUAAAAGGGGACCGGGAGCUUCGACCUGGGCCUCAUGAGCCAAGGUCCAACGGGCGCCGUGAGGAGAAGGUGGAGAAGCCACGGUUCAUGUUCAAUAUUGCUGACGGUGGUUUCACAGAGCUUCAUACCCUGUGGCAGAAUGAAGAACGGGCAGCUAUUUCCUCUGGGAAACUCAAUGAGAUCUGGCACCGAAGACAUGACUACUGGCUUCUGGCUGGGAUUGUCCUCCACGGCUAUGCACGGUGGCAGGACAUCCAGAAUGAUGCUCAAUUUGCCAUUAUUAAUGAACCAUUUAAAACUGAAGCCAAUAAGGGGAACUUUCUGGAGAUGAAAAAUAAGUUCCUGGCCCGGAGGUUCAAGCUCCUGGAGCAGGCGCUGGUGAUCGAGGAGCAGCUGCGGCGGGCGGCCUACCUGAACCUGUCACAGGAGCCGGCGCACCCCGCCAUGGCCCUCCACGCCCGCUUUGCCGAGGCCGAGUGCCUAGCCGAGAGCCACCAGCACCUCUCCAAGGAGUCGCUGGCGGGGAACAAGCCGGCCAACGCCGUCCUGCACAAGGUUCUGAACCAGCUGGAGGAGUUGCUGAGCGACAUGAAGGCGGAUGUGACCCGCCUGCCAGCCACGCUGUCCCGAAUACCCCCCAUCGCAGCCCGCCUUCAGAUGUCCGAGCGCAGCAUCCUCAGCCGGCUGGCCAGCAAGGGCACGGAGCCUCACCCCACACCGGCCUUCCCCCCGGGUCCCUACGCCACACCUCCGGGGUACGGGGCGGCCUUCAACGCCGCACCCGUAGGGGCCCUGGCUGCCGCAGGCGCCAAUUACAGCCAGAUGCCUGCAGGGUCCUUCAUCACAGCCGCCACCAACGGCCCUCCAGUGCUGGUGAAGAAGGAGAAGGAAAUGGUGGGGGCACUGGUGUCAGACGGGCUGGAUCGGAAGGAGCCCAGAGCCGGGGAGGUGAUCUGUAUAGACGACUGACUGGAUCCCAGGCCUGCCCUUCACCCAGGCCCCGUCCCAGAGGCCGACCCCCUGCUCAGGCCCUGGGGCCUGCUGCCAGUUCUCCGUCUUCUCCACCCCUUGGGCCGCCAUUGGGCUAAAAGCCCCUUUGCCCCUCUAUAACUCCUCUCUUCAAGAAGGGACCCUUGUCUUUCCAUCCCUAUACACCUUUCCCACCAAGCUUUAAAGGCUGUGCUGGUGUGAAGUGGUCUGGGUGGGAGAUGGUUAGCUGGGUCUUCCAAGUACCUUUAUCCCCCCCACUGCCAAAUAUACACAGCUUCCCAGUAAAUGGUUGUCAGGAGGAAAGAGAUGGAGCCUCUGCCAUAUCAGCUUCACCUCUUGCAGAAGUGGGGGAUUAGCCUUGCCUGGCCUUUAGGAACUUUUGUGGGAAGAAGAGCUUCAAAGAGAGGAGGGGUACUUUUAGAGAGGAAUGAAAAUGAGUCCUGGGAGGGAGAAGGGAAGAGGAAGGGUGGCUGCAUGUUACCUUCCCCUACCUCUCCCCAAAUGAAGGGUGGAGCAGCUAUGAGGGAGGGAGUCUAUUGCUGUUCAGCCUCAGAAUAAAGGCGCCAUUCACUGGCUCAGUUACCUCCUGUGUACCGCCAUCUUGUGUUGGGAAACUUACCCCACUCCCUAGGUACCAAGGACCACCCCCACAAAGAAAGUAAUGGUUGGGCGAUACUCCCUCAAGCCAAAGAGGAGCUCCCCAAUCUGAUCUAGGAACCCAGGUAACCUAGAAAGGCGGGGAGAGAAAAAGCCGGCCAGACAUGGGGGCAGCCCCCAACUCUGCCACUCAGGUUCCUGAGGGACUUACCUUUCCUUUUCAAAGCCUGGUUACAGACUAAAUGUGAGUGAGCCAGGCAGGGGGACCUAGUUAGGGGACUACCUUGCCUGUGGGACCAGAGCAACAUAGUGGAGGGCAGGCUAGGGAGAUGUGGGCAUUCCCCCUUUCUAGGAGGGGUUGGGGAGUGGCAGUUUGCAUGGCGAACCUCCCACUUCCUCAUUGCUGCCCCUUCACUUUCUUGCUGCCCCUUUCCCAGUCUCUUCACACCCACUCCUGGUCUGUCCCAGUCCCCUCUUCUGUAUCAGGUUUAUUGGUUGUACAUAUAAAUUAUACUUUCCUUUC